CCGAUGUCAACUUAGACUUUAAUUCAUAUUAUCUUGUAAACAUCCUGGAUUUGUUUGGAUUUUCACCUUCUCUAACGUAACUAAUGAAAGAUAUUUUUCAGUAAUAUCAGAACGCCAAAAAGUGGAGAGGGUCGCUGGAUGCCAUAAAGGGUGUCAGAGGUCAAGUAAAAACGCACAACUCUUUUAAAUAUGCCGCACAAUCCCAAAAAGAAAACAACGAGAAGAAAAAGCGAGCGCCGGGCAAUCAAAGAUGAUACGCCCGAAGAUCUAGCAAAGAAUGAAUCACCAGAAUCAGUGCUUGCAUCUUCGUCUUGUCUAAGGAAUGAUUCCUUGGAAACUGCCCUGGAUUCACUGGAGCUGUCAACAGCGAGUAGUGGAGCUCCUGAGAUAAUAGCCACUGAGACACACACAACUAUCGAUCAACAAGGCGGGAAGGAGGAGAAGAAGGAGAGAGAAGCAGAUAGCAUCUCUCUUACAGCGAGUAUCGUCAACGAGGAGGAGGAAAUUAAAAAUCUAGACUCUGAGGAAGAUCAUGAGCUCGCACUGCCCGAUGGAGUGGAGAAGAUUCCCGAGUACACGGAUGUCCUCAAAGAAGACAUGUACAGCUUUCAGAUAGACGAGCCAGAGCUCUCCAGAUUCCCAGACCUCGAUCGCCUCUUCAGCGAGGUGAUUGGAUCGAUAGAAAAAAACUUCAGACCAUCCCACGUGAUGCAGGAGCUUAGACGGUUUUACGAUCUGCUGGUCCAGUACCGGCAGAAUGAGAACAACAUUCUAGAAAAGCUGAAGAGUCGUGAGGAAGAGCUCAAAUGGCUGGCUCACAAGACAAAACGUGACCCGAGAUUGAUGAAGAUAAUACAACUAGCGGACGGCUGGAGACAGGAAAGAGCUGAAGUCGAAAAGCGAAAUGUGGAGCUAAUCUGUCAGGUUGACCUUCUUCACGGUGACCUUCGCUGCAUGGAACAGUCCACGCAGAUCAUGCAGUUGAACCUGGAGAGAAUGCAAGGGGAGCUGAAGGAGAACGAGGAGAAUACAUCAGAUCUCAAGCAAUGCCAAGAUACAGCCAUGGAACGGGAAGGGCGUCUCAACUUUCUAGAAUAUUCCCUGCAUCAUCUGCAGAGUGAAGCUAAAGAAAAACAGAAACAACAUGAAGAGGCGCUACAGUCUCUUGAGCAGUGUGAGGGAGAGCUGCGUAGUAUGAUUACACUGGAGACAAAGUUUCGCCAAAAAGAGCAUGAGAACCGGAAUCUGGUUGCUGAAAGAGAUCUGCUUAAGUCCCAGGUCGCUGCCCAUAAUAGUAACGCUGAGAAUAGCCAGAAACGUUUGGUCGUCAUGGACAGGACGAUGACAGACCUCAAGUGCAAAUUGAAAGCGUUCAAGACAAAUGUGUCCCACAUGGAAGUCACGGUGAAGAAACUCAACAGACAUCUCGCCAACAAGAGAAACCAGUGCUCUGUACUAGAGGAAGAGAAAGACAGAGCCCUUCACGAUGUUGAGCUUCUAAAAAUGAAAGUGAAAGAGGGAGAGGAUGAGAUAAAGAAGAUCAACACUAAACUCAAAGACAGAAAUAUUCUGCUGCAUCAUAAAGAGCGGAAACUUAAGGAUAUAAAGGAAAAGUUGGAAACUGUGGAGGAGAGGGAGACGGUGGCGCGCAAAGAGACAGUAGCGCUAAACAAGACGAUCUGCAACAUGGAAAGAAGGGAGACCACUGCGAAGAGAGAAAUUGAUCUAAUGAAUACGAAAAUUAUCAACGCUGACGUCAGACUCCGUAAAGAGAUGACCAGCCUGACCCUGGCGUCCAGUAAAGCCGACAGCCUGGCCAAAUCGCUGGAUGUUACACUGGUCCAGCUAAAAAAUUGUACGUCCCGCAACAACUCACUGAGGGCUGAGCAGCUAGAUGCGGACUCCAGACUAAAGACAUUUCAGGCCUUGUGUGAUGACCACGUACGGACCAUCGCACAAGGUGAAAAGAACAUGGCAUCGCUCAUCCAUAACACAAAGAAGCUGGACCAGGAGGUGACCAAAUACAGAGACACUGUGUUCUUGCUCAGGGGGAAGAACCAGGUCCUUACAGCCGAUGCCUUCUCCCAACUGGAAACCACGAGAAUCCUACAGAAACACCUGGAGUCCACCGCUAAGGAGGGAAAGUCAAUGAUGAAGGCAAUGGAUGACCAAGAGAAAGUUUUACUGUCGUUAAGGAAAGCGGAACUGAAGGCUAGAAGUCAAUUAGCUCAGCUAGAGAUUGAGAAUAACGCCCAGAAGAAUACACUUGAGCGAGCUGUGGACCAGCUGGGCAUACAGAAGACAGAGGCCAGCAAUCUGAUGAUGGCACUAAGGAAGGUGGAGGAAGAACUCAGGAGCUCCAUUGUGAGGGAAACUGCGUUGUGCCGAGAUCGCGACAUUUUCGCUACACGGGUCAUACAGGGCAAUAUAAAGCUGGAGUUGCAAACCAUAAAACUGCGACAUAUGGAAGAUGUCAUAAUGAAAGGCAACAAAGACUAUGAGGACCGAAUAACUGACAUUACUUUGCUAAGGAGAGAGAUCAGAACUUUAAGGAGGAAACUGAAGUUGCUGGACAAUACCAAAUACGUGAAUAGCGAGCUCAGAGCUUUCAAUGUGAAGAGAUACAUUGUACGAUCCAAAAGCCAAGGAUACACUUCCAAGCAAGUAGCUCGGUUAGUGACACUCCAAGGUCUGGUCGUCCUCGUGACACUAUUGCAGUUGAAGACUAUCGGAUCAGAGUCCCACGCUUGCGGGAUCGGUUUCAAACAGCUUCUAAAACUGCCAGAGAUUGGGGUGGGCUUAAAUCAAUCAGCCACUUCACCGUUCGUCGACGCUUGAAAGCCCAUGGAAUCGUUGCCCGACACCCAGCUCGACGCACUCGUCUCCUCCAAAGACACCGUCAUGUCAGACUCAACUGGGCACGUCUGCACAGGCGAUGGCUAAACCGCCAGUGGAACUGAGUGAUGUUUUCUGACGAGUUCAGAUUUCUUUUGGAUCGCCACUAUGGAAGGCAGAAAGCCUACCGGAGACGUCAUCAACGUUAUUUACCUCAGUGUGUCAGUGCUGUGGCUGACAAACGUAGCAUUAUGGUAAGGGAAUCCAUAUCCAGUACUGAUGAAUUCGAUCUAGUCAUUAUCGACGGUAAUCUGACUGCCCAGAGACACAUCAAAGAAGUUCUCUAUUCACACCGUCUGCCGUUUCUGGCUCGCCACAGGAACAAUUUCGUGUGCCAGCAGGACAUAGCACCAGCACACCGUGCCUUUGUUACCCAGAGAUUUUUACAACAAAAAUGACGUAUAUGUACGGGUUUUAACACAGUUGCCAGUAUUAUCCCCAGCUUUAAACGUGAUUGAGCACCUCUGGGACAAGAUGGACAAGGAAAUUCGCAGCCUUCGGCAACCCCCAAGGACAAUCCCACAACUGCGACAAUCAUAAACGAAUGCUUGGAAUUAUAUUCUCCAGCAAUUUAUCCAACGACUUUGGCAAUAAAUGAGGCACAGAUGUGCUGUAGUCAUCAAUGUUGGUGGGAGUUACACCCGUUACUAAUUCUGGGAUUUUGAACAUUCGAAUCGAUGUUGUGAAUUUCUAAUAAAAGGUGUGUGUUUGAUCGUUUUUCUAAUUUUUUUGUCUGCCCUUAUUGAAAAAUGGCAAGCCUUUCAAAAUCCAUUGGCAAUACGUCAUUACUACGGUAAAGAACGGAAAUAAUGCACAGAACGUAGGGUGCCCACUUUCUUUUGCUCGUCAGUAUACAUUGAAACUUCGAAUCGAGAGGUUGACCUAGUUCCAACUGUGUGUCGUAUGCUAGGCCCUGGGCCUAGGCCUAGAUCUAGGCCUGUGUGCUUCUCUAGAUUCUAGGCUAGAUCUAAAUUGCGAUGCAGAGGGAUGUCCAUAGAAAGGCCAAGAUUCUAGAUACAUGUAUAUAUAAUAAUUUACAUCUGACCGAGAUGUUGAUCUAGAUUUAAAGUGUUCUCCCAUAGAAUCUAUCUCGACUUGAUCAAUUCUCGGUAGAUCUGAUUUAGAUCUAACUCAUUCUAGGUCUAGAUUAUCUAGGCCAAAUACCACUGUCGUAAUGUUUACCUGUUUCUUAUUUAGAUUUAGAUUAUACAUCUAGUCUAGAUCUAGAUCUAAAUCUAGCCUAGGCAUCUAGAUCUAGAUUAGCUCUAAAUCUAGAGAUCGAUUAUCUUGGCUAUCUAGAUUCUAUAACUAGAGACAUAUAGAUCUCGAAUCUAGAUCUUGAUCUAGAUAUCUAGAUUAGAUCUAGAUUCACUCCCACAUGACAAUGACGUCAUGUCCGCAAUUGUACAGGUGCAC